GAGGGGGAAGCAAAUAAAGAGCGGACAGUUUGAGCUGCAGUUUGUUUUCUUUGUUAAGUUAAACAACGGACUUCAAGAGUAUUCGCUCGUCUAUGCGACUAAAAGAAGAACUAAACACAAUUUUAAUAUGUGACCUAAACUAUGACUCAGACCCCGCUUUUUACUGGAAACAUCGUGGGGACAAGUCGUCCGGCCGCACAGCCUGCUGGGUAAUCAUGUCUGUCUCUCUGUCAGCAGAGAGAGACAGAAUCGAGCAACAGGUGGAGGAGCUUGAACAGAGUCUGUCUGCAACUCAAGCUGAACUGGAGCUGCUGACCAGUGAGACAGAUCAUGACUCAGAAGGGGAUGACACAGGCUUGGAGGAAGGAGAGUCUGCAGCAGGUCUGCUGGCUGAAAGAGAAAAGAUCCAGAAUGACAUCCAGAACCUGGAGAACAUCCUGGGACCACACAGUCCUAUUUAUAGCGCAGAUGUUGAUGACAGCAGCAGCAGCAGCAGCAGUGAUGAUGAGAGUGAGCUUGGUCUGCCUCCAUCAGCAGACUCAUGUCUUCAGAUGAACCUGGUCUACCAGCAGGUUGUUCAGGAGACUCUGGACCAGCUGGAGACACUACUGACACACAACCAAAGACAGCAGAGGGAGGUGGUGUCCCAGAUGUCAGGACAAAUUAAAGAGUCUGCCAGAGAAUGUCGCCCCCCUUCGUCAUACGAGGAGUCAACAAAUAUGUUCCUGGGCCGUUUUCUCAAACCGUACUUCAAGGACAAACUAACAGGGCUGGGUCCUCCAGCCAAUGAGGAGACGAAGGAGAAGGCCAGCAGGAUGACAGGCUGUCUGGUUGAAAAGCAACUCAAAUUGAAACGAUGGGAGAGCUGGCAGAAAACUUUGUUGAUCCACUCAAUUGCCAGAGACACUUUGAGGAGACUCGUUCAACCCAAACUAUCCAAAGUGGACUACCUGAGUCAGAAGCUAUCGUCAGCAGGGGAGACGGACAGGCAGGAGCUCAGGAAGCAGAUAGACAGUUUGGAGAGCGAAAUCGACAUGCUCAAGAAGAAGAAGGAGCAGGAGCUAAUUGGGGAACGAUUUGAUGAACAUGACUGGCAAACAAUCUCUAACGUUGAUUUUGAAGGAACAAAGGAGGCAGAGGACAUUAGAAGGUUUUGGCAGAACUUCCUCCACCCGUCCGUCAAUAAGACUUGCUGGAGUCAGGAGGAGGUGCAGCAGCUGAGGAAGAUCAGCGGGAGACACAAAGAGAGGGAUUGGGAGAGAGUCGCCAUAGAGCUGGAUACGGGAAGGACAGCCUUUCUGUGUCUUCAGACGUUCCAGCGUUUCAUCUCAAGCUCUUUGAAACGCAGAAGUUGGUCUCGUGCUGAAGACGCUACACUCAAAGAGCUGGUGGAAAAGAUGAGGAUUGGAAACUUCAUCCCAUACACCCAGAUAAGUUACUUCAUGGAGGGUCGUGACCCUACUCAGCUGAUCUACAGGUGGACCCAGGUUUUGGACCCAACUCUGAGGAAAGGCCCAUGGACCAAAGAGGAAGAUGAGCUGCUGCUGAAAGCUGUGUCCUAUUAUGGAGAGAAGGACUGGUGGAAGAUCAGGUUGGAGGUUCCUGGACGCACUGACGGUGCUUGCAGAGACAGGUAUCUUGAUUGUCUGAGGGUAGGCAUAAAGAAAACACCUUUUGACAAACAGGAGAAAGAGCUGCUGCUAGAACUGGUGGAGAAACAUGGAGUUGGUCGCUGGGCAAAGAUUGCUGCUGAGAUACCUCAUCGUAUUGACUCUCAGUGUAUGAGAGAGUGGAGGAAACUGAGCAGACUUCAUAACCAGAAAGGAAGCAAAGCUACAAAAACACCAGACGGUAGAAGAGGACAACAGAAAAAGGUAGAAAUGAAUCAAGAGGAGGGAGAAGAGAGCUCCGAAGAAGAGAAAGAAGGUAAAGGUGAGGAGGAGGUGUUCAUGGACAGUGAUGAGGAGAAGAAGAAGAAAGAAGUGGAGAAAAUGAUUGAGGAGGUGGAGAAGGAAGAGGAGGAGUACACCUUCCCCUCCUUGCAAAUGUGGGUUCCGGUAAAAAAAACACAAUGUUCAACAUUGCUGAGCCCACGGCCCGUGGAGUUACCUUCCUCUGGAGAAAAUAACAAUGAGAAAGUCCGGGCAACUAUCCUCGGCCGAUUUGGGCGCUCUGUAAUUAUUGGACCACGUCCCAGGGAGGUGCCAUGGUGGAGCCGCCACAGCAGCCGCACCAUGAUGAUGGUGUCAGCUGACCAGCUCCGAACCCACCUGUCACACCAGGCAGAAAAACACAACCACCGGUGCUCGGCUACCCGUGGAAAGCCUAAGACCAGCAAAAAGAAUCAACUCAGCAGAGUGACAGAUUCAGGGCUAGGAUACCAGCUGCAGGCGGCAGUGAUUCCCUGGAUUGGUAACCUGCUGAUCCCAGCAAAACACAGAAUGACAGCAGCUGAUGCUCUGAGGGAGCAAGGAGAGAAGAAGCAGCUGUCCUCGACUUCUAUCUUCCUGCUCUUCCUCCAGACCAUGAACGUGGACACUGUGGGCUGUAAAGAGGUGAUAGAGCAGCGGAGGAAGAUAGCGACGCUAUCGCCACCAACCACUAACCGUUUCCCUGUCAAGUUGAAGAACCCAAAGACUGUUGCAGGAAUCCUCCAGCAGAGGGCCAUCAGAAAGGAGAUGCAGGAUUUGGAUCAGAAUCAUAAACUGAUUCUGGAGCAUCUCCAGGCACUGCAGCAACAGAAACAGCAACAACUGAUGCGAAAACAGCAAGCACCUACCCUAAAUCAAGCCGGCAUUCUUCUUCAGAUGCAGCCUAACAUGCAUCCUCAGAUGUCAUUUCUUAAGGCUGUUUUCAUUCCUCAACCUGUCAAACAACCCUGUGCAGCCUCCAUCCAGUAUGUGCCCCCCUCUUCCCCUACCACAAACCCCCUGGUUGUAUGCAGUUCUCCCUCUGCUCCUCAGAGAAUGAGUGUUCCUCCUCUCACUAUGGUAACAAUGCCCUCGAAUGCCACAUCUUCCUCCUCUGCCUCUUUCCACCAACCCUUGCCCCCUGGUCCAAAUGCUCCUGUUGGUUUGAACUCCAGCUGCUCUGUCUCUGACUCCUGCCAGCCUUGUCCUUCCCCAAGUCCAUCUAAUUCCAUCCUGACCCCAUCCAAAGGGAGGAGGAAAGAAGAAGUUCAAGAGGUGGUUAGCAGAAGUCCAAGUGGGAUGCACAUUGAAGGGGAGGGAAAUGUUUUAAGUGGAGCAUGUACAGUUGGAGAAGGUGGAAGUUUGAUAAAAGAUAAGAGAAGGAUUUGGAAGCCAAGUCAAAAAGACACAGCCCUUCAGAAAGCAGUUGAGGCCAAGGAGAUCCUUCCUGUCUCUGGGAACUUGAGCCAGGAUGCUUUCCAUGAAGGUCCUGACAGGAGUGUGUCCUCCAUUGAAAAUAUCGCUUUGACCCCUUCCAAACAGACCAAUCAGCAGACUGCUUCUCCCACUGUUUCUAUCCUUAACGAACAUACCUACAGCUUGUUAUAUCCUGGCCCCACCCCCAGUCAACAUGGCUCUAAUGCAAGUAAACAAAGCCCCUCCCCUAUCAAGUCAAAACCCAGGGACUCCAACCCGGAAAAACCUCCCAAAAAGAGAAAAUGGGAGUGCAUGGAGGAGAAACAGAGCGUGACAAGCAGUCAGGAUGACCAAAAUGUGAGCAGGAAGGUUGAUGCUGUUGGCGGGAAGAGUGAGUCUUUGAGCGGGACAGGUUUAGGUGUUCUUCAGGAAGGAAAGAGGGUUCGGAAGCCAAGUCAGAGGGCCAAAGCUCUUCAGGAAUCCAAUCAAGCCAAGGUGGAAGCCAAAAAGAAAACUGCUUCUUCACCUCGUAAGAAGCGCCCUCGGAAGUCAAAAUGUAAACAGGAAGCAGUUGAACAGAAGCUGUUGGUGACAACUAUGGCAAAGCCCAUUUUGAGCUUAAGCUCACCUCAUCCCACCAAUGUGUCUAUUCCUGUAAACCUCCCUGGUCUGAACCAACUAUGUCCCCCUUCUGCCCUGCCCAACUGUCCUUUGAAGCCCUUCCCUCCUGCCUUUAUCCUGCAACAUGCCUCAGACCCUGGCUCCUCCCCCCUACUCUAUUUCCCCCCCCCACUGUUCCCCAAAACACGUCUUUCCAUCGAAAGGCUUGUUAAGGAAAGAAACAAGCACCACCUUCCCCCUAGAAAGGAAUCCCUGCAGUUUGAGCCCUCCUUGAUGUUCCUUGAGUCCCGGGCAGAGGUGCAGGAUUGGCUUAGCGGUCAGGGAGGGGUGGUAGUACCUGGAGCGGGAACUCUUCCCUACCUGCCCCCAUUUGUCAGUACUUUGAGUACACUCACUGGGCUACUCCAGGCCAAGAAGUCUCUGACCAAACGGUCUCUGCAGCUGUUGAAUGAAGAGUCCAGACCUCAACCUAAACACCCUCAGACCACUGCCGAACCUGACAGCAGCACCGAGGGAUCAACCAGUCAAUCUCAAGACCUGCCAGACUCCACCUCUGACCUCAGACCAGCUGCUCUCUCUGUGAGGUCUGAACCUCAAGAGGAGGAGGAGGAGGACGAGGAUGAGGACGAGGAGGAGGAGGAGGAGGAGAAGGAGGAGGAACUUGUUGCAGCAGUACGUCAGCUCGUGGCCAAGCGUUUCUCAGAAAACCCGGCUUACCAGCUGCUAAAGGCUCGCUUCCUAUCCUGCUUCACUGUCCCUGCCCUCCUGGCCACUUUCCCGCCUAUGACUGUGAAGACAGUGGCUCCCUCAACCUCUGAGGAGGAGGAGGAGGAGGAGGAGGAGAAGGAAGACGAGGAGAUGCUGAAUAAGAUCAAAGAGAGAGGAAGAAAGAGGAGAGAUAAGAAGUCUUCCCUGUCGUGUGACGGGACAGGACCUCCAGCCAAUCACUUUUUAAGUAUGGACACCCACACCGCCAACCACACUGGACCAGUCCAGACUGUUCAAUGAAAACUGCGCAUCUGAACGCUGAAGUAAUGUUUUCUCAUGAGUUAUAAUUUUACUUAAAAAAUGUUCACCAGAGUAGUUCAGAACUCUGGUGCUCUCAGGUACCUGCAUUUCAAGUUUGAAAUGAUGAAUUUGCACUAAAUUAUAUUUAGUUUGAUGUUAUCUAGCUGCUGUAAAUAAAAUGUAAUUAACAAUGAAAUUAUUGUUUAUAAUAAAGAGACAUUUUGUGUUUAAUGGUUUAA